AUGCGAGAAUACCGUUGCAGUGAAACAUCGGUGAAAAAGAAGAGAACUGUUGUUAAUGACGAGAAUACAUGUGGUUCCAACAUGGCGGCAAGCCGUUUCUAUAGAAGUACACCACAGAAAACGCCAGUCAGUUCUGAUUUACAUGGAAGUGGACUGCCGACAUCUCCAAAACAUUGUACUACUGGAAACAAUGUUAUUAUCAAUGAGCUGCUUUGUUUUGUAACAAACAAAAUGGAUGUAUUACCGCAUGACACCAUUGUAAAAUUGUGUUCUGAUGUUUUUACAGAUCACGAAGUUGAGGAUGCUAAGACAAUCUUAUUUGACCUUUGCUAUAAUACGGAAAGUUGUGGACGUAUGAUAAAACGAAAGGGUGUUGAAAAGAAAAAGAAUAACAUUCAUGAUAUUUUGAAUUUGCUGCAUAACACUGAACCAGAUGAUGUACCAUGCUUCGCUGCGAAAGAUCUGAAUAAACUGCCGCCAAUUCUUUACAAUCAUAUGGACAUGGCCAUUAUUUUGAAGGAACUUGAAAUAAUGAAAGGCAGUAUUGCUUCUUUGCAAACAGCCCAGAUGGCCACUGCUGAGAUAUGUCGAAGUACAUUCCAGAAUAAAAAAGAUUGUGCAUGUUCAGUGGGGUUGGCUGUCGAUGUAAGCCAAGAAAAUGAUGAAGAUACUGAUAUUGUGAGUUCUUCACCCGUGAACGAUUGUGUACACGACAGUGGUUUAGAGGCGGAAACAGUCACACCUAGCGACAUUAAUAUCUUGAAACAAAGCCAAAAUGUAAUAACUGAAAAGGAAGAUGGUGAACUAGAUGACAGCAUAACACAUGCAAAACAGCUGAUACGAAAUUGCAAAACCCCUAAUAGGCAAUCGAGCCCAGUACGACCAGAUGAGCCUUUAUCUCAUGUUACUAGGGAGAUGUCUCAACACACAGGGACUGCACGCAGUUUUGCUGAUAUGGCUGCUGGAUUGGCAUCUAAUGGCAUGGAGCUGAAUAGAGAAAAGAAAACAAGAAAAGCUGUUCCGCACAGAAGUGGUGUUGAUUCAGACGGAUUUAAGUUUGUUGGUCCGAAGCGAAAAAAGACGGUAGUAAUAGGAACCGCACAGUCAUCGGCACUGCGGGGAGUCAAAUCUACACCGGUACCCGUUUUCGUAACCAGAUUAGCGCCGGGAACUAAGGAGUCGGACAUACUUGAUUACGUAAGGUCAGUGCUGGGGAUUGAUGUCUGGUGUGAAAAACUCAGAACACGAUAUGACACCUAUUCGUCGUUUAAAAUCCUUGUUGACUCCAAAAACAUCGAUAAACUAAUGAGUCCUAACGUGUGGCCAGAAGAAGUUUUAGUUCGAAAGUUUUAUGUGAUACGACAUUAG